AUGUCGAAUCUCCGGGUUCUCUGUCGAGAUCAACCCCAACGUACAAUUGCACUGGUCUCGUCAGACCAUGUCCUAGUGUUCCACUACACAUCAGAUACCGGUGCGAAGGAGAGCCCACGUUGUCAAGUUGAGUUCUCGGACUUAGGGGCAGUGGAUCUGGGAGGCUAUAGGUCGUUAGGAUAUGGAUAUGGUACUCUUGGCCUUGUUACUCUCAAUGAGGAUGUGUUUGUCUGCGUCGUCACUAGCUCUUCGCAAGCUGCCACCGUGAGACCCGGAGAAACUGUGUCAAGAAUUGACAAUGUAGGCUUCUAUUGUCUCAACCGUUCAGAAUACGAGUAUGGCCUAGACCAUGAGACCGAGUCUGAAUUCGCCGCUGGCACGGAUGGGAAGGAUAUGGUAACUGACCAUCCUUUUCUGGCAUUGAAGAAGCUCCUUGGGGAUGGAAGUUUCUAUUACAGUCUCAAUUUCAACCUUACAGAUCGCCUACAGGACCGGGCCGACAAAUCUGUGGCAUUCGACAUCGACACCCUUGAUGAAGCUAUGCUGUGGAAUUCUUAUAUGAUCAGUCCACUUCUCUUGUUCCGGAGCCACUUGCCGCCGUCAGAUAAAGCCAAAUUAGAUGCAUCGCAGAUGUUAACCUGUGUUAUCCGCGGGUUUGCUAGCACACUCAAAGUACCAGCGACGGUCUCAAUUCUUCCUCAUGUGCGGACAAACUUUCCUUCAAUGUUGACAAUCAUAUCCCGACAAUCCUCCCGACGUGCGGGUACGAGGUUUAAUUCGAGAGGUAUUGAUGAUGAUGGGAACGUUGCCAAUUUCGUGGAAACUGAAACUAUUCUUUGGGUUGCACCGGGCAUUGUAUUUUCAUAUGCUCAAGUCCGAGGCUCGGUGCCUAUUUUCUGGGAACAAGCUCCAGGUCUUAUUCCGGGCCAGCAAAAGAUUGAGGUCACGCGGUCGAGCGACGCAACACAGCACGCAUUCAACAAACAUUUUGAAUCCUUGGAGUUGGAGUAUGGUGCAGUACAUGUGGUAAAUCUGCUAAGUGAGCUGAAACCCGGGGAAGCAGAGUUGUCAUCCAAGUUUCGACAGCACAUCAACAAAAGCUCGACCCGACAGAAAGAAGUUGAUGGGACGUCUCCACGUCGGAGCCUCUUGCGAAUAACUGAAUAUGAUUUUCUUGCUGAGACCCGAGGUCCUUCAGGAUACGAAGCCAGUUCCCAAAUCAAGCAUGAGCUUAUCAACUCAUUAGACGAAUUUUCCUAUUUUUUAUCUGAAGAUUCGGGUCGUCCUAACAAAAAACCCUAUGACGGAGGUGAUGCAGUGAACAAUUCUUCGAUCAUUCUACAGCAAGAGGGUGUUUUUCGGACCAAUUGCCUGGAUUGCCUGGACAGAACAAACCUCGUCCAGACUAUUAUUAGUUCGAUGGCACUUGAAUCCUUUUUAUCGCAGCAAGGCGGUAGGCUCAGCUCGGACAUGCAGGUUCGGCAUUCGACCAUUUGGGCUGACAAUGGUGAUGCUCUUUCGAAAAUUUAUGCCGGGACCGGUGCCCUCAAAUCCUCUUUCACCAGACACGGAAAGAUGUCACUUGCAGGUGCACUUGCAGAUGCACGGAAGAGUGCCACUCGGCUUUAUGUCAACAAUUUCACAGACAAAGCCAGACAAAAGACGAUUGACCUUCUUUUGGGGAGACUAACAAAUCAACUUCCUGUAUACCUCUACGAUCCAAUCAAUGAUUUAGUGAUUGAGGAAUUGAACCGCCGAACUCCAGAAUAUUCUUCGCGCAAACAAGUCCGGUUCUGGGUCGGCACUUUCAAUGUGAAUGGACGCGAUGAAGGUCCAGGUACUGAUCUCACCCCGUGGCUUUUUCCAGAGUCGGAUGAAUCCGACGAAGAUCCGGCAAUUUUUGUUGUCGGAUUCCAGGAAAUUGUUGUUCUGAGCCCUCAACAAAUUAUGUCCACCGAUCCUAGUACCCGCAAGGUCUGGGAACGAGCGGUUCGCGAUUGUUUGAACGCCCAUUCGAAGAUGAAAGGGACUGGAAAAUAUGUGCACCUGAGAAGUGGCCAGUUAGUCGGCGCUGCUGUUUUGCUUUAUGUGAAAGAAGAUUCACUAAAGUACAUCAAGAAUGUUGAAGGCAGUACCGGUCUCUCCGGGAUUGCUGGCAACAAGGGAGGCUGUGCUGUUCGCUUCGACUUUUCUAACACGAGUGUUUGCUUCGUCACAGCCCAUCUUGCGGCCGGGUUUGCAAACUACGAUGAGAGAAACAGGGACUAUGAGAUCAUCGACCGGGGGUUGAGAUUUCAAAAGAAUCGGUCAAUCGCUGACCAUGACGCAGUGAUCUGGUUGGGUGAUUUCAACUAUCGAAUUGGAUUGGGCAACCCAAGCGUAAGAGAGCUCAUCUUGCAGCGGGACUACCAAAGGCUAUACGACAACGAUCAGUUGAACCUGCAGAUGGUAGCGGGCAGGGUGUUCCGGUUCUACUCAGAAGGCCCAAUUAAGUUCCCGCCCACUUAUAAGUACGAUGUCGGAAGAGACAACUAUGAUACAUCUGAAAAGGCACGAAUCCCUGCAUGGUGUGAUCGAAUCUUAUGGAGAGGGAGCAACCUGCGGCAAACAAACUAUCAAACUGCAGAUUUGAAAGUGUCAGACCACCGCCCAGUCUGGGCAACCUUUGAUUGUGUUAUUGAUAUCGUCGACCAUGCACUAAAAGAAAGUCUCAGGCGAUCAAUAUAUGGGGAGAAACAAGACCAUGGUCACAAUUCUCUUGCAGACUCCGUCUCUCUUUUGGACUUCGACGAUGAGGAAAAUACACAUAUCUCUAUCGCGCCUGGGCUGCCACCAGCAAGCUCUGACAGAAGCCGAUGGUGGCUAGAUAAUGGUGCUUCAGUAAAAGCAACAGUACAACCACCAAAGCAAAGGUAUAUUCCAAAUCCUCAACGCAAAUCCAAUCCAUUUUCUGCAGACGUGGAUUGGGUACCAAGGCCAGACUCAAUAGAGAACAAAAACACCGACCCUCUUGAAGUUACAAGGAAGAAGCCCAUGCUACCUCCGCGACGUGACACUCUCGAAUCACCCACGGGGUCUUCAUCACCUCGGGCAGUUGAAAUUGGGAAAACUCCACCUGCUGUUCCCCGUAAACCGCUAUCACUAAGUUCUCAGACAAAAAUUGGGACAAUAUCACCUAGCGGUCAACACACAUCGCGGCAGAACAGUCCAGGGAGUGGCGUGACACCCAGUACUCGCUCUACAGAUCUUCUCGGUGACUCUGCAAGUGAGAAGAUCGAGUGGAAACCGCUUCUUCAAUGA